CAUGCCAGGGUGAGGACCCCCAGGGGUACAAAGAAUACACAAUCCAGUGCAGCAGAGGCCGUUUCAUCCAUCAACAAGCAUUGUGCCAGCCAGGGCACUGACGAUGGCAGGAAGAGAAAAGGCCAUUGCCUUCUUGGGGGAACCAGAGGGGAACAUGUAUGAAAGUGACACAAGUAAGUGCACAAUUAAAAUAAUUACAACUUACACAAGUGAAUGGACAAAGACGUACGGCCUGGGACUGCUCUGGCCCGAGAGGCUAGAGGUUAGCCAGACCGGCCCAGCUCCCAUUUCUGCAGGCCGCCCAGGCCGUCCAACCAUUCAUCCAUCGAGAUCCCAAGGGUCCUUGGGGCGGCCCCGGGGCUCGGCGGCGCUCGCUGUUCUCCCUCCAGGACAGCAGGGGGUGGUGCGGCGCCGCCUGCCGCUAUCCCGACAGCCCUCGCGCGGGCGCGCGGCUUAAGCAAGCGGAAGAACCCGCGCGCGAGGCCGGGUCGGCGGGCGGAAGCGGCUCGCACGCCAGGCGUCGCCAUGCCCGGGGACCACCGCCGCAUCCGCGGGCCCGAGGAGUCGCAGCCGCCGCAGCUGUACGCGGCCGACAAGGAUGAGGCGCCCGCCGCCCGCGACCCGACGCGGCUGCGGCCCGUGUACGCGCGCGCAGGGCUGCUGAGCCAGGCCAAGGGCUCGGCCUACCUGGAGGCGGGAGGCACCAAGGUGCUGUGCGCCGUGUCCGGCCCGCGGCAGGCCGAGGGCAGCGAACGCGGUGGCGGCCCGGCCGGAGCGGGCGGCGAGGCCCCGGCCGCGCUGCGCGGCCGCCUGCUCUGCGACUUCCGCCGCGCGCCCUUCUCCGGCCGCCGGCGCCGCGCGCCUCCGGGCGGCGGGGAGGAGCGCGAGCUGGCGCUGGCCCUGCAGGAGGCGCUCGAGCCGGCGGUGCGCCUGGGCCGCUACCCGCGCGCGCAGCUCGAGGUGUCGGCGCUGCUGCUCGAGGACGGCGGCUCGGCGCUGGCCGCCGCGCUCACGGCCGCCGCGCUCGCCCUGGCCGACGCGGGCGUCGAGAUGUACGACCUGGUGGUGGGCUGCGGCCUGAGCCGCACCCCGGAGCCGGCGCCCACCUGGCUGCUGGACCCCACGCGACUCGAGGAGGAGCACGCCGCCGCCGGCCUCACCGUGGCGCUCAUGCCUGUGCUCAACCAGGUGGCCGGGCUGCUGGGCAGCGGGGAGGGCGGCCCGACCGAGAGCUGGGCCGAGGCGGUGCGUCUGGGCCUGGAGGGCUGCCAGCGCCUCUACCCCGUCCUGCAGCAGUGCUUGGUGCGGGCUGCCCGCCGGAGGGGCGCCGCCGCGCCGUCCUGAACCAGAAGCCUGAGCAACGACGGACGCGGAGGGCCGAGCUGCCGCCGUCCCCUAAAAGACCCGUGCCGUCAGCUUCCAGACUGCACGGAGCUGAGAAUUCAGAGGGCUGGACAGGAUCUGAGGAGGCGUGCACAGAGCUAAUGCACUGGACAGCUGUGUUGGGACAGUUUUUUAGAGACUUCCGUUAAAGAAACUUUUCUACGUGAGCUGGUGCUUCCCAGUUACGACCCAAAGAAACUUGCGAAUGCGGCCUGACUCCCAAGUUGGAAAGGACUUUUCAGCUGGACUCGCCUGGAAAACGGGACUUGAAGCUUUUGUCUUGUAAGGGAUGGACUCUGCAGGCCAGCUAGUGACUCCCUUCUAUGUAAUUGGUCUGCUCUUGAGAGAAUGGACAAGGGGGCUGUGUCUUCUCAUUUAUAUCUGAGCUAAAACAAACUCCUUUGUAUCUGGAGAAGUGUUCUAUUGUGGUUCUUCUCGGUAGUGAAUUUAAAGGAGCAAGACUCUUUUGCACCGAGUAGUGGACCCAUGGGGUCGAGGGCUUGGGACAGCAUUGCCUGGAAUGUGUCCUGUUCCUUAGACCAACAUAAGCAAAAGAGGCCGGCUGAAACGGAAGGAGGUGCAGGGGCUGGUGUGGGGGAAUGUGCCUUGAAGGAGGAGAAGCUGCUCCUUGAGUACCACAGUUGGCCACUGGUGAGGUUGAAAACUUCCAUUUGGAGGCCUGGACUGGACUCGUUCUUACGGAGACGUCGUUCAGCAGUUCAGCAGCCACCAUAAUCCCAUCGCCACCCCUGCCCUUCCUCCGGGCACCAUCCUGAGGGCUCGAGCCACGGCCACCGCUGCCCACCCACUGCUGCCCCAGAUCCAGGCGGCCCAGCGCCCCCCGCCCCCCAACAAAGGGCUUCAUCCUCCCUCCUGGAGUCCCCUGGGCCAGAUCAUUACAAAACCCCUAGAGUCUCCCAUGAGACACAUGGCAAACCAACAGACCUCACAGGCAGCUCUGCAUCACUGAAGAAACACCAGGUUAAAGAACCGAGUGUUACCCAGGAGCAGACACCUGCUCAUCAGCCCAGAACAAAAGCAGUGGCAAAGCCACCCACACUGGCACACUCACAGGGUGACACACACCCUCAGGCGGGUGCUGGCAGGGAGAGAUUGGGCCUCAUCUGUGUCAAGGUCAAGCUGAAGGUGCAGAGACUUCUUGGAGCAGCCCCCAGCUCAGCCCUGCCAUCUCCCUUCCGGGAAGACGAGGCAAGGCAAAACCCAAAAGCAACCAGAACCUUCAGCACCAGGGCAUUUACACAGUGUGGUUCCUAACAGCAAACACUUGCCCUACCGCCUCCUCCACCGCAAGGUGGAAACCACCCGAGUGCCCACAGGAGGGCCAGGAGCUGAGUGAGGCCACCACAGAUGCCCAGCUCAAAGGACGCAUGUCCUUACGCCUGUGAAGAUGGCAUGUUGGCUGGCAGAAUUUGGUGAGCUCCUUUCUGAAAAUGUUUCAAGAGUUCCUAACAUUUUCUUUAAGCUUCCCAAGUUAGGGGCAAGAUUUCAUCCAGGCAUGUUCCCAUUUGCUACUUCCCAAACAUCUCUAGCUGGAAGAAGCCCCCAGGCACCACGCAGGUGGGGCUUCCUGGGGCGGACCUGGCUCCAGGUGGGAGGUGGGGCACCGGUCUCUGUCAGCAGGGUGGUGCUGGGUGACAUCAGUGACGGGGGCCCUGGGAAUGAACUGGGUCAUCUCCCUCAGUUUACAGACAAAACUUGAGGCCAAGGGAGAAGAGACUUCCAGGUGCCACAGUGAGUAGUCUGAGUUGGCCUCCUGGGGAUCUUGUUCCAUCUCAGGGGAACCCAGAGCCUCGGACAAGCCAGCCACCAGCCUCCCUCCCCGGCAGGCUGCGGGCAGUCCUGCACAGACUCACCAGGAGAUGGCUGUGCCCUGAUGUCUCUUCUGGCCCGGGUGGGCUGGGCCUGGCCUGGGCUCUCCAGCCAUGUCGAAGACUGAAGAGAGAAAAGGAGAGCAGGGCAGAGCCUGAGAGGAUGAGGGAGGGGUGCAGAGGAGGGCCCAGGUGCUCACGGGCCCCACUGGCUUCCAGGCUGGCCCUUCCCUGCUCCUCCGCUCCGUGGCCGUGGGUAUUGCUCUGUAAGAGGCAACGCGGCAGAGCACGGCCCCGGUCAGUGGGCAGCCCCGCCUGGCCUCCUUCACACCCCAAACCCACAAUGGGAAUCAGCCCCAUUGCCCGUGGCCUGGAAUUGGGUGUGGUACCGUCAAAAGGCAGAAGGGAAAAUAUUCGUGAUCUCCGUGUCCUCUGAGGAGACCCCUAGCCCUGGCCAGAGUCAAUGCUCGAAUGUCCUCCUGCUGCCCCUCUGCCUGCCCACUUGCCCGCCUGCUGCUGGCCCACGCGCCCCAGCUACCUCCGGGCUAAGCCCUGGGGGGCCGGCCGCGGCGGAGCUGGCCAGGGUGGCUCUGAGUGAGAAGCAGAGCCUGCAGCUGGCCGGGGCUGGGGCUGGACACCCCCCUGCCCUCUCUCCGUGGGGGAGGCAAGAGUCCACUGAACCCAUGCAGGGGAGGGCUGAGAAACGCCCAGCGAGGCAGCCUCUGUGCACCUGUCACGGCAGAUCUUCUUGUUUCUGGACUCCUCUCCUCCUCGCCUCAGCACUGGAGACAGCAGCACUGCCCCCGUGGCAGAGGGAGGGGCUUCUGUUCACCGCGGACCCCCCCCCUCGGUGCUCAGGGCCUGGCACUCAGCAGGCACCCGUUGAUGUCUGCGGAAUACGUGGAUGGAAGCCCAUUAAAUCAUUCCAUUUUUUGUGUGGGGUUUGGAUCAGACCCCAGAGUUUCGCUUGUGACUUCAGGGCCCCUCCCUGACCCCAACCCCUUUCUUCCUCAAUCUGUGAUCAUCAUCCGUGGUCCACCGUGGCUGCCAAGACGGUAACAAAUGUGAGCCUUCUUUUUCCCGUUCUCAAGACUUCAUGCCAUACAAGCGCCGAGAGCACUCACUCAGCACCUGCUUGCUUGCUUUCUGGGAGGAACAGGAGACUGGCGACAGUGUCCCCGAGGCAUUGACGAUCCAGACCGAGUGUUUAAUUGGGAGGAAGUUGGCAAUUUGUCACCUUGGACUUUUUCUUCCAUUGGUGGUCCUGAUUCAUCCCCUCAAGGACACAUCACACAAAUGACCAUGCGCCAAGGUAAACGCCCGCACCUCCAUCUUGCCUGGCUUUCUGCGGCUUUUCUUUUGGCAUAACUUUAUACCUGUGGUCACCUUCACAUUUGCAAUAUCCAAAGGGGACAGAAAAUCACACCCAUGUAUACCACACAGGGCAUGGGCACAUAGAAAUGCCUACUGUGCCCAAGAUGGAAGGGUCAAGUGGGAAAAACCAUUUAUGGCCCCCAGAUUGCCAAUCAUGGGCUAAUUAUCACAAGGGGGCUAGUGGAGUAUCUGGGAAGUUCACCAUCAAUGGCAAACCUUGUCCAAUGUGUAAUGGGCAUCUUCCUGGGCACGUGCCACCUUCAGCCCAGAGCAGACAAGCCUGGGGGCAUGGCUGGGCCCCUCCCCCACUCAGGGGCUAUAUUAAUCAAGAUUCUCCAGAGAAACAGAACCAAUAGGAGGCAUAUACCGAAAGAGAUUUAUUAUAAGGAAUUGGUUCACAUGAUUAUGGAGGCUGACGAAUCUCAAGAUCUACAGUCAGCAAACCAGAGACCCAUGAGAGCCAAUGGCAUAGCUCCAGUCCAAAGACCAGCAGGUCUGAGACCUAGGAAGAGCCAAAGUUUCAGUUCAAGUCUGAAGGCAGGAGAAACAAAACAAAACAAAAACCGGAUGUCCCAGUUCAAUGGCAGACAGGAAGAGUUCCCUCUUACUCUUGGGAAGGUAAACCUUUCUGUUCUAUUCAAGCCUUCAACUGAUUGGAUGAGGCCCACCCACAUUGGGGAGGGCAAUCUGCUUUACUUAGCCCCUUCAAACGUUGAUCUCAUCCGAAAACACUUUCACAGACUCACCCAAAAUAAUAUUUGGCCAAAGCUCUGGCCACCUUGUGGCCCAGAUUGAAACAUAAAAUUAACUAUCACAGGGGCCAAGUGCCGGAAACGGGUAGAGGUCUGUGCUCCAUAUUCAUCUCUCACAAAGGGACACGCCCUCUUGUGUUCCCCCAGGCCGUGAGUGCCUGAUUCAUGAAACAGUCAUGAUGGGUGACAGCUGAUGACACAGGGACAGGGGACAUCAGCAUCAGGUGGGAAGAAAGCAGACGACAGAAACAGACCAAGUGGGUGGAAGGACCAGAAUCAAGACCAAGGAGAGGAGCAGAAGGGGGUGGCUAUAUUGGACAGCUGAUCUCUGGAGCUCCCCGAGCUGCCUCCCAGAUGUGUCCAUCCUGAAUUCAUCAAACGGAUGCGAAGUAGUUCACUGAUUUUCAUAGAGCUCCCCGGAAGAGAGGAAAGGGUCAUUGUAUCAUCCCCAGCACUAAAAUAUAUGGCAAGCAGCGGCCAGCAAUGAUUGAAUUCCAACAAUCUCCUGGACGUUGGGCUGCAGACUCCACACCCAUCAUCUGAACCCUCCUGGCAGCUUUGCAGGGCAGAUGCUGUCGGUACCCCCAUCGGACUGGAUCCGGGGUCAGGUGGAGAGCAAGCUGAGAGGAACAUUGGGAUCUCCGGCCCCUGCCUUGCAACCACUGCCGUGUUCCAAGAAGUCAGAGAACUUACUUGAAGGUGCCCAGGGGGAUCGGCUGGAGGCAGAGUCUGGUCCUGGGAGCACCUCCGGGCUGCCAUGUCUUGGCGCCGGAUGGCUGCAUGACCCGCUCCAAAGGGGGGGCGAGAACCCUGGUGAGGGCUUGGGCUGACGAGGGCAGCACUGCAGGCCGGGGUCCUGGAUGUAGCAGGUGGCUUCUUGCAGUGGACACGAGUCAUUCUUUCGGCCACUUCACAUCUGAGCCCCCUUCCUGUGUUACAGGUGUCCCCUAGCUUGGAGACAGAAACUGCCUCCCAGGAAAAGAGCUGAAAACACCCCUUUCUGCCUCCCUCUCCCCACCUUCCUUGCCCCUAGGGCCUGGACACACAACGUGGCCCCUGCCAUCAGACACAUGGGCCUGACUUUGAAUUCGAGUGGUCAGUGUGACGCAGCUCGUCCCAGCUGGUGAUGGUGGCAACGGCAGCAGAUACAUCCAGCCCCGUCCCACGUUGGUGACGCUGACUGUGGCAUCUGCGCUCGGCAGGGGCAGUGAGGUGCCUUCCAGGCCUGAUCCUCUGGCCUUUCCCAGAGCUCCUGGGAACUCACCAGUCUCUUUGGCAAAUUCCUUUUCUGUGUAGAGUCGCCAGGAUCAGUUUCUGUUGCUUAAAACAAGAACCUUGAUUGAUACAAAAUAGGACUCCUGUGUGGGAGGAGCGAGAAGCCCAGGAGGAAACGGGGGCGAUCUAAGGCUGGGUAGUGGCCAGAGGACGGUGAAAAUCCUGCUAGCAUGAAGGGGCAGGACAUCGGUGGCCCAUGGCAUGCCAUGGUGAGACACUUAAUCCUGCGGUCCCCCAGAACAAAGCGUCCCUCAAAGGCAAGGCUUUGGGGAUCUGGUGGCUCCUGACAUAGAAGAGUAUAAAGAUUACCCCAAAGUCAGGGGCUGUUGGUCAGAGGGUUGUGCUAAUGGCACCACACAGCUUGAAGGAAAGAAAGACAAGCUCAGGGCGCCCGGGUGGCACAGCCGUUGAAGCGUCUGCCUUCAGCUCAGGUCAUGGUCCCAGGGUCCU